GCUCAUGCACACUGCCACAUGGUUCGGCCGGCUCGCUUUCCCCGCAGGAGAAAACGAAACCUGCCUCCAACACUCGCCACUCGCUCGUCGUACUGCCCCGCUCCGGCUCCCGACGUUCAUAAAUACACGGCGGCCGCGCACCCUCAUACGCCGCACCUAUCCGACUAUCCGGUCCCCUCGCCGUCUGCAUUGCCGCCGGUAGAGAGAUCAUCGAUCGUCUGCCUUGGCCACCACUGCACUGCACGUAUCGGCUGCUUGUUGAGAGAGAGAGAGAGAGAGAGAGAGAGAGAGAGAGGCCGUGCUGCUCGCCGGUCGCGGCCAUUCGCUCGUGCCGUUUGCUCCGGUAAAUGACUGGAGGCCUGUCCGGCGUCGUCCUGGUGUCCGAGGUAGAGGUGCUGGCUCCGGUGGUCUCGCUCCUGACGUGCCUGUCGUCCCCCUCGGGCCCUCGCCGGAGGAGGAGCCGCGCCCAAGAACCGGUGGUUCAUCAACGAAGGCUGAAUCUUGCUGGCAGUACAAUCUUGCAACGGCUUCCAUAGAGAAAGACUGAAGAAUUUCUUGAAGAAUCUGUAGAAGUGAAUAUUAAGCAAACAAGCAGUCUGAGGGUCAAGGUUCAGAAAGCUCAUUGAACAAGGUGAUGGAUCCCGCCACUGUCGAUUCGAAAUGGGUAUCUCGCAUCACCGAAGAUGGGUCAAUGGACAGACGAGGAAACCCAGCUAUCAAAGCAACCACUGGGAAAUGGAGAUCUGCUAUCCUGUUGCUAGCCAACUACGGGCUCGUGACGUGCGCCUUCUUCGGCGUCGGGGUGAAUCUUGUGGUGUUCCUGCGGCGGGUGCUCCACCAGGACAACGCCGAGGCGGCCAACAACAUCAGCAAGUGGACUGGCACGGUCUACAUCUUCUCGCUCAUCGGCGCGUUCCUCAGCGACUCCUACUGGGGCCGAUACAUCACAUGCGCCAUCUUUCAGAUCAUCUACGUGACGGGCCUUGUGACACUGUCGCUGGCAUCAUGGUUCUUGCUGGUGAAACCCUCCGGCUGCGGCGCCGUCAAGGCGCGCUGCGACGAGCCGUCGGCGCCCGGCAUCGCGCUGUUCUACCUGUCCACAUACAUGAUCGCGUUCGGCAACGGAGGGUACCAGCCUUCCAUCGCGACGUUCGGGUCGGACCAGUUCGACGAGACCGACCCCAAGGAGGCGCGCUCCAAGGUCGCCUUCUUCAGCUACUUCUACCUGGCGCUCAACGUGGGGUCCCUGUUCUCCAACACGGUGCUGGUGUACUACGAGGACUCGGGGCGCUGGGUCAUGGGGUUCUGGGUCUCGGCGGCCGCCGCGGGGCUGGCGCUCGUGCUCUUCUUGCUCGGCACGCCCAACUACCGGCACUUCAAGUCGACCGGCAACCCGCUGACCCGCAUCGCGCAGGUGUUCGUCGCCGCGUUCCGCAAGUGGCACGCCGAGGUGCCACGAGGCGAGCUCCUCCACGAGGUGGAAGGAGAGGACCCUAAAAUUUCGGGCAUGCGCAAGAUCCUUCACAGCGACGGGCUCAGGUUUCUCGACAAGGCGGCUACGAUCACCGAGGAGGAGUACGGCGAGCUGGAGAACAUGAAGAACCCGUGGAGGCUCUGCACGGUGACGCAGGUCGAGGAGGUGAAGUGCGUCCUCAAGAUGCUGCCCAUCUGGCUGUGCACGAUCGUGUACUCGGUGGUGUUCACCCAGAUGGCGUCGCUGUUCGUGGAGCAGGGCGCCACCAUGAACACCAACAUCGGCUCGUUCCACAUCCCCGCCGCUAGCAUGUCUCUGUUCGACAUCCUCAGCGUGCUGGCUUUCAUCGCCAUCUACCGGCGCGUGCUGGUGCCCGUCAUGUCGCGACUGUCUGGCAACCCGCAGGGGUUGACCGAGCUGCAGCGCAUGGGCGUCGGGCUCGUGAUCGGAAUGGCGGCCAUGGUGGUGGCGGGCGUGGUCGAGGUCGAGAGGCUGAAACGUGUGGCGGCCCCGGACCAACCGAGCUCCCUAAGCGUGCUGUGGCAGGUGCCGCAGUACGCGCUGAUCGGGGCGUCGGAGGUGUUCAUGUACGUGGGGCAGCUGGAGUUCUUCAACGGGCAGGCGCCCGACGGCGUGAAGAGCUUCGGCAGCGCGCUGUGCAUGGCGUCCAUCUCGCUCGGGAACUACGUUAGCAUCAUGCUGGUGAGCGUGGUCACCAGCCUCACCGCCGGGGAGAAGCGGCCAGGGUGGAUCCCGGGCAACCUCAACUCCGGCCACCUCGACAGGUUCUACUUCCUCCUCGCCGCGCUCUCGCUCGUGGACCUCGCUGUGUACAUCGCCUGCGCGGUGUGGUACAAGGGCAUCAAGCUCGACAGGGGCGACGAGAAGGCAAAGGCCCCGGCGCAUGUUUAGCCAUCGGGCCUGGGCCUUUUCGGUGUUCUGGUUUAGAGACGUGCCGGGCGGGCAGGCGACUGUCUGGCCCGUAGAAAAUAAAAUGACAAAAGAACUUGCAUGUAACCAUCCUCUCAUUGUGGAUGGCCCAUGUUCUAUGUCCUUGGUGUAACUAACACCAAGAAUCUAGCUAGUCUCUAAACAUUAUGCUCUGUAACUUCAUGGGAAGUAUUACUAGUAGCACUACUUAUGCA